UUGUUAGAACUGAACCAAGAGCAUGGAUUCAGGAUUUCCUUCCUUGACCUACUAAAAGGGAAGACUUUAGAACAAUAUAAUGGCUCCUGAUGAAACUAAAAUCAUGAAACCUGCCCAAAGAGUUGUCAGAAAGAUUAAAGCGGCAACAUUAGUUUCCAGCUUAACGAGAGGUUGGCAGAAAUGGGCAUUAGAGAACUCAACAAAGCAAGCUCAAGAACCUUCAGGUUGGGCUCCAGGUGGAGAUGAAGAUGUUUCUGGAAAUCUCAAAUCAAGCUUGGAAAAGAAAAGAAGCCCUACCAUUGUUAUUGAACCUAACAAAAUAGCCACAAGUCCAUCAGAAGAUAUUGACCAGACACAUAUAAAAACCAAAGCUGUGACCAAAAGUUUUUCAAGCAAAGCUCAAGAAAGAGGAACAGACAUUGGUUCAUUGACUGAGAAGUAUGAAAAAGAGCCCUGCACGCAAAUACAUAGUGACUAUGAUGACUCGAGGGUGGACAAGUUACUGCAAGGUCAAGUAUCUCCAACUAGGAGAAGGAAAUGCUCCAAUCUGGUGUCGCAACUCACUAAAGGCUGGAAGCAAAUGGAAAACGAUGCCGAAGAAUCACAGGAAGCUUCAAGGGUUUUACCAAAACUUUCUGAAUGUCGAAGUGAAAGUCUGGAAACUGAAGACAGUGGCUAUGGAGAAAAUGAGGGAGACACGAAGACAGACUUGGAAAAGAAGCUGGAUCUUACAGAAGAGAACGACGAAGACACGGCCAGGAUUAAACGCUCCUCUUCUUCUCUGAGCAACAAGGCUGUAGGAGAACUUCAGAGCAUCAAUAAAGCCUACAAGAGAUACAGCCCUGUUAAUAACAUCAAAGGGAAAUGGGAGAACUGGUCUGGGGAACAUGUCCUGACCCAGAAGCUGAAUCCUUUCAGUGAUGACUUUGACCAUGAAUUUGCAAUGUCCACACGAUUACAUAAGGGCGAUGAAGGGUACGGACGCCCGAAGGAAGGAACCAAGACUGCUGAGAGGGCCAAGAGGGCAGAGGCACACAUACAUCGGGAGAUGAAAGACCUUUGUUUCGUCAUUUCAACAAUGGCCCGACAGGGCAAAUACGGAAAGGUCCGCGUCACCUUUGGAGAACUGUUUGAUAGAUAUGUACGGAUUUCAGAUAAAGUGGUUGGUAUCCUGCUGCGGGCUAGAAAACAUGGAAUGGUGGAUUUCCCAGGAGAAAUGUUGUGGCAGGGUAGAGAUGACCAUGUGAUAAUAACCUUAUUGUAGCCAGGUUAGGAUUCCAGAGUAUCAUACGUUUUCCAUUAGACGGUUCUAUAUCUCAUUCUCAGACAUUACUAAUCAAGAGGUAGUAGUCUUCAUAAUGGUUGGUGUAACUCAGUCACCCACAGGGCACAAAUUCAUAUCUAUUUCAGAA